GGCAUUAUGUGUUAUGAUAAAUAAAAAAUAACCUAAAUAAUGAAUAAACAAAUAAAUAAAUGUAUAAAAACAGACAACCUGCUGGCAGAUGUUUCAGAUUUUGUCUCCAUCGUGUGGCGGUUGGCCUACAGAGUCUUAAAAUGCGACAUGAUCCGCCCAUUCAUGUUCAAACCAUAGCUAUUAUCUGCCAACAUUACCUGGUCCUGAGCAGACAGGUUACUGACAAGGAUCUAUCCACAGAAAAGGGAUCACUUUGCCUCUGCUGGAAAUGUGGAAUCUACAAACUUCUCUGGCAAUCGUUGGAACAUUGUGUUUGACAGCUGUAUGUGGAUACAAAAAUGGAAAGGUGGAAAAAUCUUGCGAGAGCAUGAUGCCAGAACAUCACAGCCAACCCAACACCACUGCCAGUCCAUACACACUGACUGUGAAUGCCAGUAAAUUCAGCCCAGGCGUGGACAUCAGAGUCACUCUCUCUGGAAGUGAGCACUUUGAAGGCUUUUUAAUUCAGGCCCGAGAUGCUACAAACCAUGAUGGAUCAGCUGUUGGCUCAUUCGCAUUGGUAGAUCCCAAGAUUUCUCAGCGUUUGACGUGCAACAGCAUAGAGGGUUCUGCAGUUAGUCACACCAGUAAUGCCAAAAAGACCGAAAUUCAGGUGAUCUGGAAAGCCCCGUCUGAUGCUCCUCCCACUGUACACUUUCUUGCCACAGUUCUUGCACACUACAAGACAUUCUGGCUCAAACUUCCUAGUCCGGUCAUUUCUCAGGGUGACGCGACUCCUGCUCCACCUCAAUCUACCCCCGUCAUGUCUACAAACUCUGCAAGCACUUCUAUUCUACCUCAUUCAUUCACUUCAGAGGGAUGUGGCAAGAGGAAGUCUUGUCUCAUUGACCCUGUCGGCUGUAACUCUUCUAUAGACACAAACUGCUUCUUCCUUUCUUAUUCUACUUUGGGUCAGACAGUUUCGUUUGAGCUCAGCGGCCCUGCACAAGGAUACGUCUCCUUUGCCCUGUCCAAGGAUGAAUGGAUGGGCGAUGAUGAUGUGUACUUGUGCGUAAAUGACGGGGGUCGUGUAAGUGUUGAGGCUGCACACACAACAGGCCGGACAUAUCCAGAGUUGGCAUCCAAGUCUGUGCUGACUGAUGUAGGCUGGAGAGUUUCUGAUGGGGUUAUUCAGUGCAAGUUCUCAAGAUCCAUAUACACCCCUCAGGAUCCGGUCCGAUUCAGUCUUAACAACAGUUACUACCUGUUCUUAGCACACGGCACUGCAGAAAAUGGUAUGAUCCACAGACACACGUGGCAGCCACUGAUAUCGUCCCAUCAUCAGAUCAUUACCGGCCCUCCCCAGAUACUGACAGGUUCUCGAUCUCCACUGCUCAUGAAAUGUCAUGGAGCUUUAAUGCUGAUUGCCUGGAUGCUAGCAGGAAGCUCUGGAACAUUAAUCGCUGGCUAUUUUAAACCUGACUGGCCAGAACGAACAUUGUUUGGGCAAAAAAUAUGGUUUCAGGUGCAUCGCAUGUUGAUGUCCCUUACUGUUUUGCUCACAGCUGUGGGCUUCGUUUUUCCUUUUAUCUACCGAGGAAAAUGGAGCACAAGAGCAGGUGCUCAUCCAUACCUAGGCUGCACUGUUAUGAUUCUCUCUUUCUGUCAGCCUAUAAUGGCUGCAUUCAGACCAGCUCCAGACUCCUCAAGGAGGUGGAUAUUCAAUUGGUUGCACUGGGGUGUUGGAAAUGCAGCUGAAAUUAUUGCCGUGGUUUCCAUAUUUUUUGGAAUGAAGCAACAGUCUCUUUUGCUACCUUACCCGUGGACCACAGGGAUUCUCUCUGCUUUUGUGGUCUGGAACAUUGUGUUAAAGCUUGUGUUACAACUUCAUAAGCAUGAUGUUAUCAGAAAAGGAAGUGACAAAGAUGAUGAACUUCCAGUUCUCUCAGAUGUCUCGGGGGAUGUAAACUGGGAUACUAAGUUUAGAGUGGCUGUCCUUGCUGUGUUUGUGCUUGGAAACUCAGCUUUCUGUAUCUCACUUCUCAGCUCCAUAGGGAACGUAUAGCCAACGAAUGAAUCAUAUGGCAGCUUUUCAGGACAUAAAUUGGGAUGAA